AGAUCAGGGGUGCACAACAGUGUUACAUUCAGCAUAGUUUGUUGUUUAACUGUUCUUAAGAUGCAAACUAUGCGACAAGACCUGUAAAUACUGAGCACUUCUUACUCACAUAAAGCAGUUUAAUAGGAGGGCAGACUUGCAGGAGCAAUUCCUGCAGUAUUUCUUCCUGGGGCUCCUGACCAUGCACCAUCCACUUGUAGGGCACUGCAUCAUGUUGUUCUGAGUAAGGCCAUGGCUGACAGCAGGAUGAAGGUGCUCAGCACUGGGUCCAUCGCCACUACCUGAAUCAGGUGACACAAUUUGUGCUGACUCAGUCCCAUACUGUGGCUUUUGAAAGCAGCUCACACCCUGGGAUGGAACUGCAGCAGCAACGCAGAUUAUGGGGUAUGUUAAUAUAUAAUUAAUGGUAAUGAUACGGACGGUGGGUUAUUACAGGGCAGCUGCCGUGCGUGAGCUCCAGCCUCCCCUCGCUGCACAGAACCGGGCACCUGUGGGCUGAGAGGCUGGGGGCUGCAGGAGGUGGGUUCAAAGCAGCAGGCUGCAAGAUGCAGCAUGCCGGGGGGUGUGGGGCACCCACGCUCUUGGAUGCUGGGCCGGCUGCUGGCAGUCUCUCCGCCCACAGCCAGGUUAGCUGUCUUGCCCCAAAGCAGGUUUUUUUUUUUCCCAUGCCAAAACAAUUUGGCAAAUUGCAACCCAAAUUUGGGCUGGCGUGACAACAACUUCAGGUGGGUGAAAUCUCAUGCGGGGGCAAGGCUUGCCCUGUGCUAUGGCUCUCCAGGACUGGGUGUUUCUUGCAGGAGGCUCCUGGACCUGGUGGUACAGCCAAGCCCCAGGAGGCCCUGCAGAAUCUGCAUAGCAUGGGGCAUGCUUGGCUGCUGGGGGGAUGGCCCAGUAGGGUUUCUCUAUCGGGCCAGCUCAGGACCGAUGCUGCCUGGUGGCCAGCUUGCCCAGCCCUUGUGUUCCUGGCGCUCCAUGCUAAGCUCUGUGAGCAGGUUGGGAUAGGGAUGGGAGCUGCCAUCAGUGCAGCUCUAAGCGCAGCAGGGCCUCUGUGUGGCCGGCGUCUCUGGGCAGCAGCGGAACCAGCCCUGAGAACGUCUGCAGAAACAAUAGCAAUUGUUCUCCUUCUUUGUUCCCUUCCCUCCCCGGAUGCUGCAGAAGAAGGAGCUGUGCGGGUGGGCAGAGUGCGCUGCCCCUGCACCGUGCUGCCCUCAGCCUUCUUCCAAGAAGUGUGUUUGCAUGUCGGGCAGUGCCUCGGCACCGGCCUGUAAACACGGGCAGCUUGAGCUGACAAAGCCUGAAUGAUCACUAACAAUAAUACGAGCUGUCCGUGGGGAAAGCAGUGCAAUUGCACCGUGAGUUGCUUUUUGGCACAGGGCAGGGUGUCUCCUUGCAGCAGCAGAGCAGAGUGGCUCUGGACAGGUUUGGUGCCUGGGUUAGAGAAUCUCCGGCUGCUGUAGGGCUGGUGAGUGUAGGAUCAGGGAACAUCCCAGAGCCACAGAACAUCCCAGGCAUGUGGGCACAAGUCCUGGGGCUUCCCUGCUUUGGUAUCUCCGUCCAUUUGUCACCCAGUGGCUGUCUGCUGCUAGGCCAACACUGAGAGCUUCCCAUGUAGGGCAGGAGGCUGCUAGCUCUGUCUGGGAGCCCAUGGAGUGCUGAUGCUGCAGCAGGAUGGGAUGGAGGGACCAGAAUUGCCUCUGGAAGCUGGUGGCAAGGCUUGCAGUCGGAGCGCUUUGUGAUUUUGCAGUGGCAUUCUUAAAAAAUGGUGCCUUUUGCAAUCCACGUGGCUCUUCGCCAGAACUUUCCUGGCAGAACCCCUCCAAAAUUUCUGGGAAUGAGGUUUUUUAGGUGGGGAUGGGGUUAAUGGCAGCCGCAGUCGCCGGGUGCUGCUGACAGGUUUACUGGCGUGGGGAUUUCUGUGGGCUGGCCUUGGGGAGCCGCAGCCGCUCCAGGGAACGUGGGAAAGGAUCUUGACUCGGAAGAAAGAGCAGAACUGAGGAAGGGGGAUGCCAGCACUGCGUUUUCUGCCUGCUCCCACGUGAUGAUUUGUCUCUCGUGUUUGCUGGGAGCAUCAGCAAGGAGCAAACCCGUGCAUUCCAUCCUCACUGGGCUUCUCUAUCAUCCAUGUGAAGGACGUGGUGUGAGUCCCUCUGGAGCACCCAGGGAGCGGUUAGGCUGUGAGCAGGACCCCUGCAGUGAUGCGGGUGCCCUUCUCGCUCUGUUCUCUGCAUGUGGGCUCUGCUUGAAAUGUGCUGUCCACAGACAUGCUUCUCAACCUUUCUUCAUCCAGGGAUGGCCCAACUUUUUUGGGAGAAGUCCAAGGAUCGUUUUGUUCAGCGCUGCCACAUGGUUUUAUUUACAACCCAUAGGAACUAGGCAAACAUCUCCUCUGUUUGUCUCAGUCUGUCCUCUCUCAGUUGCUUGUGAGCACAGGAAUGUGCAUGUGUGCUUAGGAACAGCUUUGCAGCCCUAUUCCUAGUGCUGCUGGGACAAGGAGCGGAUCUUGGGCUGAGCACAGCCACGGGCAUAGGUGCUCCCAAGCCCUUGUUUAACAAUGCAGGUUGGUUUCCCAGGGCACAUCAUCUACAGGUUCCCAAGCUGAAGAACAGUGAAAACCCUCUAGGGCUGUUGCUGUCCCUCUCCUCACCAGCUUCAACCUCAAGCUGUACAGCCAGCCCUGUCCGCCAAAAGCACAUGAGGUUUGUUCUCCCACCUCUUGACUUCCCUCUGCUUUUGCAGGACACAGAAGCAGCUGUGACCUUGAGUCUGCUGAUGUCCUCCUUGGCUGCCAGUGGUGUUUUAGCCAGUGAAGUCCCCAGUGUUAGCUGUGUCCUGGUGGAAAGCCUUCCCUGCUGGUGUUCGGGCAGCACGCACAGAUCUGGCCGCUGACGCACGUCCCCACAUGCUGCCAGCUCCCUGGGCCAUGCUAACGUGACACAUGUGCAGCACUGCCACGUGGGGUGACUGCAGGGCUGUGGGGCACAGUGGUCACUGUACGGUUCGGGCCGAGGGCUGUGUUGGCGUGUGCACCUUUGGUGGCUUGUCUCCAAAAAAGUCCUGGUUUGCUUCUCGAUGUUUUGUCGUUUUGUGCUGGCCGUCAGCUUUCCAUUCUGCAGUUUGCCUUACAGGAAAACUUUGGGGUGGGGGGAGCUAAUUUCAAUUGUUUGGAGGAUGGAAGUGACUUGCUUUGUGGCAAGAGGAACCAAGCAGCGCUCGCAGUGCGCAGAGAGUUUUUCCACUGCUGUCUCCUGUUUGAGCGCUGUAACCUCGAGGGUUUCUAAACUGGUACUUGGCACAUCCCUGCCCUCCCCAUAGCAAGUCCAGCUGCGAUGCCCAGCCCUAGGCUGGGAGCUGUGCCCUGGGUGUGGGCAGACUGACCGGACAUCACCUGCAAGGGAGGGAAAUGUCCCUCGUAGGGUCUGGCUCUUGGUGCAGGGUGUAGCAAACUGGAGGAUCUGCCCAGUACAGGUUGAGAUUGCUGCUGAAAGCCUGGUGCGUUUGGGGGAAGCAUGGUGCCCACCUUGGCCUCUGUGGGCAGGGGCCAAUGUCCUGCUUUCCCCCAUGUGACCUCAGAAAAAUGAAUCACCAAAACUGAAAGGAAGUGAAAGAAAAAAAAGAAAAAAAAAAAAAAAAAAGAAUCCCUCCCAAAAGCCGCCUUGCAGAGGGCUGGGCACAAGAUAAAAGCUCUCUGAAGGAACGGGGCUCCUCCUCUCCCACCGCCGUCUUCCCAUUUAAAUGUCUGUGCGCCGCGGCCAGCCCAGCACAGCCUGCAGCCGGGCAGUGCCCACGCAGGGGCAGGGAGAGCCGGCCCUUAGCCCUGCUCCGAUAGAUGAUGUGAGAGCACCCAGAAGGCUGAGCACCCCCAAGGCAGCCCCAUGUUGGCCCCGCUGCUGCUCUGGGCUGUCCUCCUCCAGUGGGCGUGCGGCGGGGGUGGCAGGAGCUGGCAGCACUGCACAGAGCUGCGCCCGCUGGACGUGCUGGCAGAGCUGCUCCCUGGCAGCGGGCCGGCCCGCGGCGUGCGGGUGCUGCAGGCACAGGGGCUGAGCGGCCUCCAGCUCCAUGCCUCCAGGCCCCGUGCCCUGGCCUUCCCUGCCUCGCGCCUCUUCCUGCACUGCGACCGCUUCCCCGAGGAGUUCUCCAUCAUCGUCACCCUGCGGGUGCUCGCCGUCCCCACCAAGAGGAACGAGUACAUCUUCACGCUGAUGGCAGAGGAGAGCCCCGGCGUGCUGGUGGGGCUGCGCUACUCGCCCAGCAAGCUGCACUUCCUCUUCUGGAGCCCGGAGCGCGCCGGCGGCUGGCAGAACCGUGUCACCUUCCGCAACGUCUCGCUGGCCGACAGCCGCUGGCACACGCUGGUGCUGGCCGUCUCUGGACAGUCCUUCUCGCUGUCGGUGGACUGCGGCCUCCCCAAGGACGUGGUGGUCGAGACGCCGUUUCCUGCUUCUCUGUCAGUGAAGAGAGCCAGCUUCUACCUGGGCAACAGGAGGAGGAGGAAAGGCUUCUUCACGGGCUUGCUGCGUCAGCUCGUCCUGCUGCCAGGAGCCGAUGCCACCCCUCGCAUCUGCACAGCCCUGAACCAUAAAGCCACAGCGCUCUCCAUCCCUGCGGUUCUCCAGGAUGUCCCAGUGAAGGCAGUGAGCAACGAGGUGCUGAAGUACCCACAUGGUACCAACAUGAAGGUGACCCUGGGGUCCCGUCCGCCCUGCACCAAGCAGGAGAAGGCACAGUUCUGGUUCAAUGCCUCCCGGAGAGGGCUGUACCUCUGCGAUGGCAGUGCCUGGAUCUCCAUGCUGGAAGUCAAGCAGCGGCUGGACUACGUGGAAGAAUACCAGGACCUGGUGACCAACUCUGAGACGAUGGGCAUUGAGGUCUUCACCAUCCCAAGGGUUGGACUGUUUGCAGCCACUGCCAACAGGCACAGCCCCCCUGGAUCAGCCAUCUAUAAGUGGACCGAUGGGAAGUUUGUGCUUUAUCAGAACAUCCCCACCUACCAAGCUCAGUCCUGGAAGUAUUUCACCAUAGGUAAAAAGAUCUUCCUAGCAGUGGCUAAUUUUGAGCAGAAUGACAGGGGGCAGGAGUUCUCUGUGAUAUACAAGUGGAGCCACAGGAAGGAGAAGUUCGUCACCUAUCAGAGGAUCACCACGCACAGCGCGAGGGACUGGGAGGCGUUUGUCAUUGAGGGAGAGGCUUUCCUUGCAGUGGUCAACCACAGAGAAGGGAAUAACCACAACAUAGACAGCGUGAUAUACAGGUGGAACCCCAGCACGGGGCUCUUUGAAACCAACCAGACAAUCCCAACCUCUGGAGCCUAUGACUGGGAAUUUUUUGCUAUUGGGCCUUAUUCCUUCCUGGCCGUGGCCAACACGUUUAAUGGCACAUCCACAAACAUCUAUUCUCACAUCUACAUCUGGCUCAGUGGCUCUUUCCAGCUCUUCCAGUCCAUCCUGACUUUUGGGGCUGCUGACUGGGAAGUCUUCCACAUUGGGGACAGAGUCUUCCUGGCUGUGGCUAACAGCCAUAGCUAUGACAGCAGGAUCCCAGCGCCCUCUAACUUCUAUGCCAUCAACUCCUCCAUCUAUGAGCUGAACAUCACUGCCCAGAUGUUUGUCAAAUUCCAGGACCUCCUCACCUACAGUGCCCUGGACUGGGAGUUCUUCUCGGUUGGAGAUGACUACUUUCUGGUGGUAGCAAACUCCUUUGAUGGCUUCACCUUCUCCAUUAACAGCAUUAUCUACAGGUGGCAAGGCUACGAAGGCUUCGUGGCAGCUCACCACCUUCCCACUGUUGGCUGCAGAGACUGGGAGGCAUUUAACACCACAGAGGGCUCCUACCUCCUCUACUCCAGUGCCAAGGAGCCCCUUUCCAAGGUGCUCAAGCUGAAAACCACCUGAGGUGCCUGAAGCACACUCAGCUCCUUGCCAGGAUGUGAGUGGGCUGGCCACUGAGGUGAGGACGGACCAAGGCACGUUGAGAGCCUGGAGACAGCUGCAGUACCCGUGGGGCUGUGCGUGCCACAGGACAGAAGGGUGGGAGCUCCCUGGUCAGCCAUCUCCAGCCAAGGGUCCCAGAGCUCUGCUAUGGUGGCUGGAGCUCGUGCAAAGCCAGGGGAGAAGAAGCCUGAGAAGAACACGUGCCGCUGGAUCGGGUGCAUGGUGCUGGGAGGAAAUGAUGUAUGAGAAGUUGGGGAAAUGCUGGCUUCAGGCUGGCUCUGGUUGCCCAAUGCUUGGGGCCACGGUGUGCCAGGGCCCGUGGGCCUGAUGCUGCCCCACACUCUGUGUCUGGCUGCAGGCUGUGUGUGCAGGCUGAGCAAUGUGUGUACAUCGUGCAAAGCCACGGAUAUGUGCUGCAGCUGCAGCUGGCAGGCAGGUGUUGUGUCACUGCCAGCACAGUGCAGGUGGCAGGGCAGGCCACCCUGACACUGGCACUUGUUCAAAGGGAUUUGGAGAUGUGUGUUGGCACAUCACUAGCAUCUACUGCCCGGUCUGAUGCUGGUUGUGCAGCCCUUUGCACAGGGUUGGGGAUGCUUUUCCUUGCCUUUAUCUGGGGGCAUCUUUUGCUUAACCAGAGCUCAAAUAAACUGCUGCACCCCCCACAAGCUGUGGCUACUGAAGCUGCUCUGCUUGUACCAGGGGCUCUUCCUUU